AGUCCUAGGCAGCUCCGGAGCGCGUGAGAGGGAGAGGACGCACCGGGAUUCACUCGCGGAGACGUCCGCUGCUUCAGCUCCGGAACCGUAGGACUCUCAAGUACUCCCUAGGACCCUGAGGACCCCGAGGACCCUCUAGGACCCUUAGGACCCCGAGGACCUUCUAGGACCCUGAGGACCCCAAGGACCCACUAGUACUCCCUAUGACCCUCUAGGACCCUGAGGACCCUUAGGACCCUGAGGACCCCAAGAACCCACUAGUACUCCCUAUGACCCUCUAGGACCCCCAGACCUGCUGAACUCUCCUCAGCUGGACGCUGGUCGUCUCUCUGACUGGAUGAACCCGUGCGUCCACCCGUCCAGCAGCCAGAGGACGGAUCUGAUGCGAGCAGCUGAUGGUGUCCCCGUCUCGGACCUCGGAGCCUGGACCACCGCCAUGAACAACCUGGGCAUCGGGCCUGUGGGGCUCAGCGGGCAGCAGCUGAUCUCAGACUCUCUGUGUCUCCAGAGGUUCGACCCCGGACUGGGUCUCCUCGCCUCCAUGAACCCCCUGAUGGGGGGCAUUAGUCUGGUGCCCCCCCCGCCCGCCCCUCCCGACAUGCCGGUCGUCAAGGAGAUCAUCCACAGCAAGAGCUGCACGCUGUUCCCCCAGAACCCCAACCUGCCCCCACCGUCGACCCGGGAGUGCCCCCCCGGCUGUAAGACGGUGUUUGUCGGCGGGCUGCCGGAGAACGCCACGGAGGAGCUCGUCAGAGAAGUGUUCGACCCGUGUGGAGAAAUCAUCGCCAUCCGCAAGAGCAAGAAGAACUUCUGCCACAUCCGCUUCAGUGAGGAGUUCAUGGUGGACAAGGCUAUGUACCUGUCAGGGUACCGGAUGAGGAUCGGCUCCAGCACCGACAAGAAAGACUCGGGGCGGAUCCACGUGGACUUCGCUCAGGCCAGAGACGACCUGUACGAGUGGGAGUGUCAGCAGCGCCUCCUGGCCCGGGAGGAGCGGCACCGCCGCAAGGUCCACGAGGACCGGCUGAGACCGCCAUCUCCUCCUCCCAUAGUGCACUUCUCUGAGCACGAGGCGGCCAUGUUGGCAGAGAGGCUGAAAGAUGACCACAACUUCAGCGAGGCGACGGUGGUGCUCUUCACCUGGAUCGACCGCGGCGAAGUCAACCGCCGGACCGCCAACCACUUCUACUCCAUGAUCCAGUCGGCCAACGGCCACGUGCGGCGGCUGAUGAGCGAGAAGGCUCAGCACGAGGAGGAGAUGGAGCACGCCAAAGAGGUCUUCAAGAACGCCCUGCUGGCCAUCCUCAACCAGUUCGAGCAGAUCACCGCCGUUUUCACCGCCGCCACCAGGCAAAAGGCAUGGGACCAUUUCUCAAAAGCUCAGCGCAAGAACGUAGACAUUUGGAGAAAGCAGUGUGAGGAGCUGAGGAACGCCCACAGCGAGGAGAUCAUGGGCAUCAGACGGGAGGAGGAGAUGGAGAUGUCGGACGACGAAGAAGACGAGAACCCCUCCAAGAGGCUUCGCACCGAGGAGAACGGAGUAUGUGAUCAGACCCAGGCGUCUCUGAAGGAGGAGAACGACUCCCUGCGUUGGCAGCUGGAGGCGUACAGGAACGAGGUGGAGCUGCUGAGGAGGGAGCAGAGAGGAGGAGGAGGAGGAGGAGGAGGAAGAUAUGAUGAAGAUCCUCCAGUGAUUCAGAGCUCUGAGGUUCAGAUCCAGCUGCUGCAGAAGAACAUGCACAACAUGCAGCAGCAACUCCUGAGUCUGCAGGAGCAGCUGAGGAGUAAGGAGGCGGAGCUAGAGGAGGCCAGGGCGGAGCACCGCUACCUGGAGGGGGGUGUGGCCUCCCUUAGAGACCAGCUGCUCGGUAACGGAGACGGAACCAACGGAACCAACGGAACCAACGGAGACCACGAAACGGCGGUGAAUGGCUGUGUUCCCUCGUCGUUCCUCAGCAGAGAGAGGAGGAGUGAGGUCAUCAUGAGAGGAGGCGUGGCCUCAGAGAAGGAGGCUCUGCUGCUGGGCAUCAUCUCCACCUUCCUCCAUGUUCAUCCGUUUGGAGCCAACCUGGAGUAUCUGUGGUCCUACAUCCAGAGACUGGACUCCAAGGUGUCUCCGGUGGACCUGCAGUGUCUCAUGGUCCGUCUCCCCAGCAUGUUCAGACAGGAGCUGAGUGGCGUCGGAGCGACUUUAGAGAAACGAUGGAAGUUCUGCGGCUUCGACAGCCUCGGAUCAGCGUGAUGCCCGGAUCCUGGUCCUCUGGGACACCUGGAUCCUGGUCCUCGGAUGUCUCGUCUCGGGGACACAUGGAUCCUGGUCCUCUGGUGUCUUGUCUCGGGGACACCUGGAUCCUGGUCCUCGGAUGUCUCAUCUCGGGGACACAUGGAUCCUGGUCCUCUGAUGUCUUGUCUCACGAGGACACCUGGGUCCUGGUCCUCUGGUGUCUUGUCUCGGGGACACCUGGAUCCUGGUCCUCGGAUGUCUCAUCUCGGGGACACAUGGAUCCUGGUCCUCUGAUGUCUUGUCUCACGAGGACACCUGGGUCCUGGUCCUCUGGUGUCUUGUCUCGGGGACACCUGGAUCCUGGUCCUCGGAUGUCUCAUCUCGGGGACAUCUGGAUCCUGGUCCUCGGAUGUUUCGUCUCGGGGACACCUGGAUCCUGGUCCUCAGAUGUCUUGUCUCGGGGAUACCUGGAUCCUGGUCCUCGGAUGUCUCGUCUCAGGGACACCUGGAUCCUGGUCCUCUGGUGUGUUGGGGACACCUGGAUCAGUUUGAUAUUUUUACACGUUUGGUUUAAUUCCUCUACAAAAUAAGAGUAUCCGUCCUUUAGUGUUGUGUGUAAAAAUGUGUGAUAUGUUGAGGAGUUGGACCUCCUUUAGGACACAUGGUCCUCCCCUAGGACACAUGGACCUCCUUUAGGACACAUCAUCCUCUUUAAGGACACAUGGUCCUCCCCUAGGACACAUGGACCUCCUUUAGGACACAUCGUCCUCCUUAAGGACACAUGGUCCUCCCCUAGGAUACAUGGCCCUUCCCUAUGACACAUGGUCCUCCUUUAGGACACAUGGUCCUCCUCUACGCUGUCCAUGGUGCUGGAGUCUCAGAGUCUCUCUUCUGUUUGUUUGGGAUAUAAAACAUAUUUUUAUUUUAUAAAUCUAUAUUUAAAUAUUAAAAACCGUUCAGGAAGUGAAAACUUCUUUUGAAAAAUGUAUUUCUGCAAAUCGUUCAAUUCUUUUGAUCAUUUUAAAACCCGACAAUCGUCCGUUGAUCUCAGAUUUAUUUCUUCAUGUUUGGAUGAAAAUAACAUGUGAAGGACGAUAUUAUUGUUAUAAAUAUUAUUAUGAUGGGAAAACAGUUUUUAAAGGUUUUUAGAGGAUAUAUGAGAUAAAGGAAUUCAAUCGUUCCACUUUAUUUAUUUCCUUAUUUCAUGAAGAAGCUGACGUUACUGUCUCUGAAGUCUGUAUAUAAAUAUGCUGAAAUGCACAAAGGUGAAUAAUGUUUGUUAAAUAUCAGCCUGAGAGUCAAUAACUGAUCAGUGAGGAAGACGACGAUGAAGGAACUGAAGACGAGGAGCAGAUGUUCCCAAAGACUUCUAUGCCGUUAGAUUAUGAAUUAUGGAUUGUGUUCUUCCUGUUUGUUUUUUCUUAUUUAAAUAAAGUAAAAUGUACUUCAGU